GCAUGCCCAGCACCCAGCCCAGGACACGGCCUGUGAAGGCGCUGAAUGAUGAAUGAAGAGGGAGGAGGAGGCUUGGCAGAUGGGCACAGACACCAGGACCCCUGGUCCUGUCGCUCCCAGCCCACGGCACCCCUGAGCCAUGGCCACUUCGAAGUGUCCCGGGGAGGAGGAGACCACCAUCCUCAUGGCUAAAGAAGAGCUGGAGGCCCUGCGCACCGCCUUCGAGUCCGGUGACAUCCCCCAGGCUGCCUCCCGCCUCCGGGAGCUGCUGGCCUCCUCCGAGAGCACCCGCCUGGAGGUGGGUGUCACCGGCGAGUCAGGCGCUGGCAAGUCGUCGCUCAUCAACGCCCUCCGCGGCCUGGGGGCCGAGGACCCCGGUGCGGCUCUCACCGGCGUGGUGGAGACCACGAUGCACCCCUCGUCCUACCCACACCCACAGUUUCCCGACGUGACCCUGUGGGACCUGCCCGGGGCCGGCUCUCCGGCCUGCUCCGCCGACAAGUACCUGAAGCAGGUGGACUUCGGCCACUACGACUUCUUCCUGCUGGUCUCCGCCCGCCGCUGCGGGGCGGUGGAGACGCGCCUGGCCUCCGAGAUCCUGCGCCAGGGCAAGAAGUUCUACUUCGUGCGCACCAAGGUGGAUGAGGACCUGGCGGCCACGCGCACGCAGCGGCCCUCCUGCUUCAGCGAGGCCGCGGUGCUGCAGGAGAUCCGCGACCACUGCGCCGAGCAGCUGCGCGCGGCUGGUGUGGCCGAGCCCCGCAUCUUCCUCGUGUCCAACCUCAGGCCGGUGCUCUACGACUUCCCGCUGCUCCUGUCCACCUGGGAGCACGACCUGCCAGCCCACCGGCGCCACGCCGGCCUGCUGUCGCUGCCCGACAUCUCGCUGGAGGCCGUGCAGAAGAAGAAGGACAUGCUCCAGGAGCAAGUGCUCAAGACGGCCCUGGUGUCGGGCAUCAUCCAGGCCCUGCCGGUGCCGGGGCUGGCGGCCGCCUACGACGACGCCCUGCUCAUCCGCUCGCUGCGCGGCUACCACCGCAGCUUCGGCCUGGACGACGACUCGCUGGCCAGGCUGGCGGAGCAGGUGGGCAAACAGGCCGGCGACCUGCGCUCCGUCAUCCGCUCCCCGCUGGCCAACGAGGUGUCUCCCGAGGCUGUCCUGCGGCUCUACUCGCAGUCAUCCAACGGCGCCAUGCGGGUGGCCCGGGCCUUCGAGAAGGGCAUCCCCGUGUUCGGUACGCUGGUGGCCGGCGGCAUCAGCUUCGGCACGGUCUACACCAUGCUCCAGGGCUGCCUCAAUGAGAUGGCGGAGGACGCCCAGCGGGUCCGCAUCAAGGCCCUGGAGGAGGAUGAGUCCCAGCCCGAGGUCAGCUUGGAAGCGGCUGGUGACAACCGCGUGGAAAACCAUGGAUCUGGGGAGGGAGGUGGCGAGGAAGCCCCGAUCUCCAUCCGCCGGAAGCUUGGCCUCCUGCUCAAGUACAUCCUCGAAAACUGGAAGAAGCGCGACUUGGAAGAGAAGUAA